AUGGAGGAAUCAGAUCUAGCCGCCCUUUUCACCCCUCUCUCAACCUCAUCGACGUCUAUUGAUCAUACUAAUGUCGUCGUUAGCCAGCAGCCGACUGCGCCAGACGUCUGGAAAAAGUCAUGCUCCAUCCAAAUCCCAGAAUCACCGAUUACCCAAUCCGAAUCCGUCAUUCUAGGUGUGCUCUUACAACCCGAAUAUCUCUCGCCAGUUAUUGCACGCGCCGACGUCAUAUACGAUAGUGACACUGCCGGACUUGAAAUUUCCAAGGGAGGUGUCGACAUUGGCUUUAUAGGGGAUUUUUUAACAUAUCGGGUAUCCCGCCGGUUAAUCAUCAGGAACAUCCCAAGGAACCCAAAGCGAGAUGAAGCGAUUGAACAGAGUAUCUGGUCGUUGCAAAAAAUUCCUGCUGAAGACGGUGAUAAGGCCUCACCUCAACCUAGUUUACUCAUCGUCAUCGUUCCCCACAUUAAUGGCCACCCCGCAGAGUGGCCGUUUUACUUUCCCGAUGUUCGGGCAUUUGCACUUGAAACGAAAGGGUCCAAACUGUCAAUACACCAUUUGGACCGAGCACGGCCUGAGUUGCUUGAUACAACAAUUUCCCGCAAGCCUGUAGCUGGUGUAGAUUCGGAAAGAACUCGGCGCAUGUUCAAAAGGAUACUCGAGGUCCUCAAGAAGCGAUUUGAAAAACCCGACUACAUCAAACGAGUCAACCAUGACGCUAUCGUAUCCCGGGAGCGGUAUCAAAAAGUCUACCAAGAUUUAAAGGCAAGACAUGCAGAUCGUCUCUGCCGCAUAUUUGCAAUAAACGGCUAUGAAGGCAAGGGAUGCCGUGAGGUGGAUAAGAUAUUUGAAGAGCUUGGUAUUGCAAGCUUUUGUAUCUGUUUAUGGGAGGAAAUUUACGAGAUACCCACCACUGCACGCCGCAACGGAUAUUAUGACGAUGUUCGAACGAACACCGGUAGCGAUCCGCUCAACCAGUUUGUUGGGUUCGUUGACCUCGGGUGCGGGUCUGGUGUUCUUACAGACGUAUUAUUGCAAGAAGGCUGGCCAGGGUACGGAAUUGAUGCCAGGAGCCGCAAGAUAUGGAAGUCUUUCGAUGACCAUGUGCAACUCCAUUUGAUUGAGUCAAUCCUGAUCCCAUACGUCAUCGACCAGACACUCGUCGGGACUGAAAGUAUGACAUUAUAUCGGGAGGAUCAGAUGGAUCCUUUCUAUACGAUUUCAGGGAGCCCUUACACUUAUCAUUCUGGCCGGUUUGCGAAUGGUACCUUCCUUAUCUGCAACCAUGGCGACGAAUUAACUGCUUGGACCCCAUUGUUAGCCAGCUUGAGCCGAUCGCCAUUUAUGGUGAUACCAUGUUGCUCUUUCAAUCUUGCAGGCCGCCGAUUUCGGGCGCAACGUUCGCUUUGUCAAGUUGAAGGAGAGAAAUCACGUGAAUCCUCUAAACAAAGCACCUAUCGGCUGUUGAUUAACUAUGUCGAAAAUUUAUGUCAUGAGAUUGGAGUUGUGCCUCAGAAAGAAUGGCUUCGAAUUCCUAGCACCAGGAAUCUGGCAAUUAUAGGUCGCGCUUAUGAGGCGCCGAGUUGGGACUUAUCAAAAGGAUUUGAGAUCGAGGAAUCACGUGAGAUGGUCGUCAAAAAAAUAAUACAGCGUGAAGGUGGCACGGAAGGUUGGAACGCAAUGGUUGCGAAACUGAAGGGACGACAGCCUAGCGGUGCUGAUGAUGGCCAUUCCCGGUGCUCCUGA